CUGGAGAAGGGAGGAAGGGAAGUUUGCACCAACCAGUCGUGAAUGCAACUUGAAAGAUUUCACACAGCAAAAGGAAAAAAUGAAAAACGAUUUCAUUAGCUCAAGAUGACCUCAAACUGACUGUGUAGUUGAAGAUGACUUUGAACUCCUGAUCCUAUGGCUCUCCCAAAUGCUGGGAUAACAGCCCACUAGACUAGAAAUCCCGGAGACAGCGAUUUCUCACGACACUGCUGUCUCGCACCACGUGCUCCGGACGCAGACCAGCCAUUGGUCGGUUUCCCUCGAGGGGGCGUGCCCCGCGCAGCUGUGGCACAAGAUGGCGCUGCCCUUUGCACGUUGUUGGAACUUGUACCGCUGGGGAACCAAGCGAUGGGGGGUCCCCGCCAGGGAAUCCCGGAGAGGCAUCAGUUUCAAACUGGAAGAAAAAACGGCCCACAGCAGCCUGGCACUCUUCAAAGGUGACACGGGUGUCAAAUAUGGCUUGGUGGGACUGGAACCCACCAAGGUGGCCCUGAACUUGGAGCGCUUCCGGGACUGGGCAGUGGUGCUCGCAGACACCACAGUCACCAGUGGCAGACAUUACUGGGAGGUAACUGUGAAGCGCUCCCAGCAGUUCCGGAUAGGAGUGGCAGAUGUCGACAUGUCCCGGGACAGCUGCGUUGGUGCUGAUGAUCGUUCCUGGGUGUUCUCCUAUGCCCAGCGCAAGUGGCACAGCAUGUUGGCAAACGAAAAAGCCCCAAUUAAGGGUAUCGGGCAACCAGAGAAAGUGGGGCUCCUGCUGGACUAUGAGGCAAAGAAGCUGAGCCUAGUGGAUGUGAAUCGGAUCUCUGUCAUCCACACACUACAGACAGAUUUCCGGGGCCCAGUGGCACCUGCGUUUGCUCUUUGGGAUGGAGAGCUGCUAACGCACUCAGGACUUGAAGUGCCCAAGGGCCUCUAAUGUGGCCAAGACCCUGAAACAUACUCAUGGUCAGCUUUCUGUUCUUAGUGUCUAAGGUUAUUUUACUUUGUCUCAAGCAACUGGUAGCUCUCACAACUCAGUUGGGAACCUUCGUGCAAUAUUUUAGCCAUCUUCCUCUGGUCCCUACUCUAUAGGAGCUAGGUAUGCAGCCAAACUUCCCCAGUUUCCUAGAUCAUCGGGAAUGUCCUCCUGAGGCCACUAAUGUGGGUCCUUCUACUUGCGCCCAGGCAUCUUAGACUGUUCAGUCCUGAGCUCCUGUCUCUCAGCCAGUAUAUCUCCUUCCCUUAUCCACAUGGAACUUGUUUUGGGAGCUCACCUGAUUCUCUAGAGUAAAUGCUCUCUACCUCUGGCUGGAGGAGUAGCAGCCACAGACUUGGCCUUUUCUCUGAUGCACCUCAGAUUCUCGGGUUCUAGCUCCCUCGGUAGUACCUCAGCUCUAGAGAUGUCAGUCCCACACAGAUGCAGCUAUCCCACUCUGAGUCCAUCUGCUGUCCUCUGGACACUUCUGAUACCCAGGCAGUUUGCCAUAACCAUUGUGCCAGUCACUGUGCCAGUUAUGUGACAAAGGGAAAGAGAUACUAGGGAGACAUGUAGGGAGGGCUAUGGUACCAGAAACGCUACUGUUGAUAAGUUCCUUCUGCGCAUCUGCACCAGUUUUAAAGCUCCAGAGAAAGGACAGCAGUUUUACAUAAUCCAUUUUGGAGCCUGUUCAGACCCACAGUUCCCAGACCCCUGGGCCACAGAAUGUAUUGUGCAAAUCAAAGCAGUAUUUUGGCUUGAGGAAAACCCUGGUGGAACAGAUGAAUAUGUAUGGGAAAAAUAUAGUUUGGAUUUGUCUGA